AUGAUGACCAUGAACGGCAAGCAGCAGUUCAGCAUGCAUCCAAUUCUCCAGGAGCCCAAGUACCCGAGUUUGCACUCUAGCUCAGAGGCCAUGAGGAGGGUCUGCCUCCCAACUCCACCGCUUCAGAGCAAUAUAUUCGGCGGCUUUGAUGAGUCUCUGUUAGCCCGCGCUGAAGCUUUGGCGGCGGUGGAUGUGGUAGCUCACAGCAAGAGUCACCACCACUUCAAGCCGGACAUCACCUACCAUACCAUGAGCAGCGUCCCCUGCAGCUCCACCUCUUCGACCCUCGCCAUCUCUCACCCGUCGACUCUCUCGUCCCACCAUGUCCACCCGGGCCACCAGAUAUUGGACACCGAGCUACUGGACAUCUCCCCAAGUUUGACAGGCAUGGGAGGACCAGACCCAUCGUCCAUGCUCUCCACGCAAGCCCACUCUCACAACCUCAAUACCAUGGGGAAUCUUCACCAGGCAAUGUCCAUGGGUCACCCUCACUCCUUCGCCACCCACAACGGUAUGCCGUGCCUAAACGACGUAGAAGCCGACCCCAGGGAGCUGGAAGCUUUUGCCGAGAGGUUUAAGCAGAGGAGAAUUAAGCUGGGAGUGACACAGGCUGAUGUCGGCUCUGCCUUGGCCAAUCUGAAGAUCCCCGGGGUGGGUUCUCUCAGCCAGAGUACCAUCUGCAGGUUUGAAUCCUUGACUCUCUCGCACAAUAACAUGAUCGCGCUGAAACCGGUGCUUCAGACGUGGCUGGAGGAGGCGGAAAACGCUUACAGGGAGAAGGCGAACAAGCCGGAGAUGUUCAACUCCAGCGAGAGGAAACGCAAGCGGACCUCCAUCGCAGCCCCAGAGAAGCGCUCUCUGGAAGCUUACUUCGCCAUCCAGCCCCGUCCCUCCUCGGAGAAAAUCGCAGCGAUCGCAGAGAAGUUAGACCUCAAGAAAAACGUGGUAAGAGUCUGGUUUUGCAAUCAAAGACAGAAACAGAAGAGGAUGAAAUACUCAGCAAAUCACUGA